AUGAAUCUUUUCAAAGAGAUCCUGCCUGGAAUCAGAGAAAUUCUCUCCAGUGCCACAACUUCUGAUGUCCAUGCAUUGCUCAGCUGCAUGUUGGAGAAAGAUGUUAUAUCCAAGGAAUACCAUCAGACCUUACUCCAGGAAAAAGACAGAGAAGACCUAGCAAGGAAGAUAUCUCUAACACUUGUGGAUAAAUGGGACUUGUGUUUGAACACCUUAGUUCCUCUCCGUUGUUUAAAACUGUACACUAAGAUGCCACAAGACAUCACAGAUAAUGAGUCAUCUCUGGACAGGGGUAUAGCUGCUAGCAAAAGACAAACCAUGGAUUCGGCAGUUUUGACGGAAAAUAGCUUUCUUGAUUUGCUGCACAGCAAUAUUGAUCCAUUGCAUCUAUACAGCCUCUUGGAUACAAGGUUAUCCGAUGAAGAUGAAGAAAGAGAACUUUCAACAGACCCUGAAAUUGAUACCAUCAACCAUGAUCAGUUCAGCAAUUUGGAUGUCUUUUACACAAUGGAAAGCAAUGAAAGUGUGGAAGAAUCUAUUUUUUCAAAUGCAGGGGAAGCUUAUUCUAGAAUAGCUGGAUUAGCAGAAUAUGUGCUCAAAGAUCAGCAGGAGAGACAGAUGGAAGACAUUUUUGGAAAACUCAUUUUAGAUGAAAUGGCCAAUGAAACUACAGAGGGUUUUACAGAGAUGAAGAAGCAAAAAUGUCAGAAACGAUCAUUCGUGAGCACUGCAGAGAGUUACUCUGAUGCUUCCAAGCCCAAAUGCAGGAGACCGGAUGCAGCAAAGAGGGUGACAGAACAAGUAUGUACAGAAGGCAGCAGAGCUGUUGGGGAUGUAAGACCUAGCUGCCUGAAAAGAGUGGAGUCCCCCGGGUCUACAGUGAAUGGCAGUUUUGUAGCGGAGCCUCUGAACAGCUCUCCAGCUAACUCCACCUCUUUGUCUCACCUGCACAUGCAGUUUUCUGUUACCAGUAUACAUCCAACUGGAAAAAAUGUUGUGAUGCCCGUGUCUUCUGGAAAUUCCAACCCAGACUGUCUGCUUGUUGGUGCUAAAGGGAUCCAAAUGAUAUCCGGCUUUGCAGUUCUUCCUCAGCAGAUAAUUAAUUUGCCGAUAGGGAAUGGUGCAUCCAAUAUUAUAAUAUAUCCAGUGUCCUCCUCCCCCACUGAAACAUUACAGAUAUCACCAGCUUUCUCCACAACCCUGGCUGCUCAAGUGGACUUGGCUGUCCAAAGCAUUUUGGGGUCUCCUGACAAAAACACCUCCAUUGGCCCAUUUGCUUAUAUGCCAGAGACUGCAGCUGUGACUGAUCUUACAGAUGAAGAAGAAAUGUCCAAUGAGAUAUCACAAAUUCCUGUUGUUCCUUCUGAACAAAUUCGCAAAAGACCAAAGCCAGUGGAAGCUUUCUGCACAUCACUUAAGGAUUAUUUUCAAGAUGUGUGCAAGUUCAUGGCCAUGGACCGUGAAGUAACCCUUGAUCACCUUUACAUUGAUGGGGCUCUCAUGCAAGGUCAAACUGAAACAAAGAGUGGCAAAAAUGUCAUCAAGGUGAUGGAGAAGGAGCUGGUAAUAUACAAUUUAGAAGAGAAGGAAAAAGCAGCUAUAGAAAGAAGCCAAAUAUUUCAAGUCCUAGGAGGGAAAGAACUAGAGACCAAAGUCAUUGUGGUGUUGGGAAAGGCAGGAAUGGGUAAAAGCAUUCUUGUUCAAAAGAUCUGCCAAGACUGGUCUAAUGGAAAGUUUUCUCAGUUUGAAUUUGUCUUUUGGUUUGAGUGUAGACGACUGAGCCUGCCUGAGAAACAAUACAGCUUGAAGGACCUGCUUCUUGAGCUCUUUGUCAAACCUCGAGAGGGAAGCGAUGAAGUCUUUGAAUACAUACUGCAAAAUCCCAGCAAAGUCCUCCUCAUCUUCGACGGUUUCGAAGAGUUGCAGGAUCAUGAUGGCUUUACACAUUACCCAGACUGUCAGUCUUACAAGGAGCUGUACAGCAUCAGGGAGCUAUUUGCAGGGCUCUUCCAGAAGAAGAUUCUCAGUGGCUGUACUUUAUUGCUAACAGCAAGACCCAAGGACAAAUUUAAUCAGUAUUUAUCCAAAGUGGACAAGAUUAUCGAAAUGAUAGGGUUCUCUCCACAGCAGGUAGAAUUAUACAUAGCCAGAUAUUUUGAAGGGCUACCGUACAGUGAUGACGCAGUGAAAUUAAUCACAAAUUGUCAAUAUCUGUUCAGUCACUGCUACAGUCCCGUCAUGUGUAGAUUCAUUUGUUUUCUAUGUGAAAUGAUGUUUGAAAUGGGAGACAAAGACCUGCCUCCAACACUUACCAGCCUCUUUGUAAAAUACCUUCAGCAAAAGCUGAUACCUACACAAACAGAUGCGACAGCCAUAGGAAAUCAACAGCACGUUACCAGGCUAGCUCAGUUAGCCUGGUAUCUUGGAGAAAAGAAUCAAAAUGCCCUGAAGAGCAGUCUUUUUCCCUCUAAAGAAGUUAAGGAGUUUGCUCUGAAAUAUGGCUUAGUACUGCCAUUUACGUUCCCAAAACAUUCAGGAAAUGGGGAGGAAGAAUUUGGAAGUGCGUUCUCAGACUUCGUUAUCCAAAAUUUUCUGAGUGCGCUUCAUCUGUUGCUCUCAGAAGACAUCAAGGAUAAAAGCCUCACAAAGUACCUUUCCCUACCAGCCAGGAAGAAAAAGCCUCAUAAUUGGUUAGACCUGGUGCCUCGAUUCUUGCCUGGGUUAUUGUACCUCCGGCAUGAUCCAUUCCUCUGCUCUCUUUCAGAUGAGCAUGUAAUGAAAAUGAUAACCAAGAAGCAGAAAACGCUCUUAAAAUAUAUUAAAAAAAUACAGAUAAGUGAUCUCUAUCCAGAAAAACUACUUGAGCUGCUCCACUGUGUUUAUGAAACACAGGACAGCUACCUUUUGCAGCAUGUGGCUUUAAGGAUCAAGGCUGAACUUUCUUUUCUGGGCACUCUUCUUACACCCCCUGAUGUCUAUGUUCUGCAUUUUAUUUUAAAAAGAUCCCCAAAGGAGUUUUCCUUGGAUUUGCGGAACAGCGGCAUUAACCUACAAGGGCUGAAACACCUGGUUGGCCUAAAGAAUGUGACAUCAUUCAGGACCUCCCUUAGUGACACAGUCAGGCUGUGGGAGUCCUUAGAGCAAACAAAGGAAUAUGAGCUGCUGAAGAUUUCAGUUGAGAAAUUUGAUAUUGAUCCCUUUAAGGCAGAAACUAUGAAGGACAUCCGUGACCUUUCUGACCUUGUACAGAUACAAGAGAAAAUGACCCACUGCAUUGAAGAGGCAUUUGGCUGCAAUAUUAAUGAAAUUCCUGCUAUCAAAAACCUCAGAAAACUAGAAUUUGCACUGGGUCCAACCUGUGGCCUUCAGGGAUUCUUAAAGCUUGUUGAAAUUCUUGCAGCAUUUCCAUCUCUCCAACACUUAGA